GAUGAUUUGGUAUUUAGGUAUAUAUUCAAUUAAAUAAUAUAAGCUGAGUUAUUGGGAUUCAUAAAGAUAGACAGAAACAUUAAACUUGAAUAAUAUUAGAAUCAUCCAUCUUAUGCAGGUAAUUUCAUUAGAUUUGGAUUUGAUGGAAUUGUUGGUGAAUAUGUGUCAACUGUGUGCUAAACAUUUUUAUUUGCAUUAAUCUUAUACUUUACCCUUUCUUGUUCAUCAUAUUAUUACUUUUUCAAAAAGAAUAAAAAACUUUAUUUGCCUAAAUUAAAUGCUAAAUUCUAUAUCUUCUAUGAUAUCAAAUGGUCAAUCAUAAACAUGUUUUUUGAGACAUUCCUUGUCUCUAUAAUAAGAGUUGCAUAACCUAGAUUUAGUUUGAUGUAUUACAAUAUUAGUGAUUAUGGAUAUUGGUAUAUUCCUAUAAGUAUAAUUUUACAUGUUGUAUAUGAUGAAACAUUGACGUAGAUUAUUAAUAUAUUCAACUAGAUAUUGGGUACAUAGAUGGCUUCAUACAUACCCUUAUUUAUACAUUAAAUUACAUAGAAUCCAUCAUUUUUCAAAAGACAUUACACCAUUCAGUGGAUUUGCAUUUCAUCCAUUAGAUGCUUUUGCUUAAGCAGUACCUUUAUUUACAUCUUGUUUUCUCUUUCCAAUUCACAUGAAUUUAUUCUUAUUCUUUGGUCUAUGUACAACUUCUUGGGUAAGUUUAAAGAUUUAAUAUAUUAAAGGCAAUUUCAAUUCAUGAUAAUGUUCCUGCUCUACCAUUAAAAUUUUUGUUAUAUAGUACUCACCAUACAAUUCAUCAUGAACCAGGUUUAGGUGGAAUGAAGAAUUUCGGUAAAUUCACAUCCAUUUGGGAUAGAAUUAUGGGAACUUAUGAAGAGCCAGAUAGAAUCAACUUUGGAUGGAAUUAAUAACAGUAGUAAUUAGAAAAACUGAAAAAAGUCAAUGAUUUAUAUGAGUCUAUCUUACCUAGUAAUGUAAAUAAAAUUAAGAAAAAUAAAUGAA